AUGUUUAUUAUAAUUUUGUUUAUUCAUUUUUUAUUGGCAGAGUAUCUUGAGGUGUUUCAGUACUUUGGCCAGGAUCGGGAGGGACGUAUUUCAACAAAGCAACUAAGACGAGCAAUGCAGAUGGUGGGACUGAACCCAACUGAUUUUCAAAUACAAACUCUUAUCAAUGAAGUGGAAUACGAUGGUCAGUAAAUUACCCUCUCAGCCAUUCAUGGUCUCCUUGUGAUACCUUUGUGCAUAUUUAUCCAAAUAGCUUAAGAGCGCCAAUGCCGUUUUCCUUUUUCAUUUGAGAGCAUCAUAACAGUCCAUCAGAUAAAAUAAAAACAUCACACGAAGCCAAAAAGAGCUCAAGGUAAAAACGAGGAAACUGCCUAACGCGCGGGAAAACUCUGAUGGCCAAGUCCAGAAUGGCCUUAGUUUUGAAUCUGGAUUGGUUGCGAGAAUGGCGCUUGUUUCUUGGACCAAUCGCGGGCACCUCUCUUACUGAAGUAACAUAAGUCAGUAGGCCAUGUUAUUGCUUUGUCCUCUCGCGAUGUACUCCUUAAAAAAUUACUCAUUUGGUUUGGAUGGUGCUGUUGCUCUCGGGAUAACGUAAAGAAAACAAAAAUUGGGCAUUCCAAGACAGACUAUAGUGAUAAACUGGCAUCUUUAUUGCUGAAAGAGUGCGUCCUAUUAAUCAGCAACUGCAUAUCCUUUUUUUUCCCUUUUUUUUCCCCAGGUGACGGUUACAUGACGUUUUCUGAUUUCAUUAAAACCAUGGAAGAAUAUAAGAAACCCGACGAUAAAGUAGACCUUAUGAUGGCAUUCAAGGUGUUUGACUGUAAUAACAAAGGCUACAUUGAGACGAAAGAGUUGAGAAGAGCUUUCAUGAGACUUAAAGGAAUUACUAAACAAGAACUUGAGGAAAUUCUGGCGACUGCAAAUCUUGAAAAAGAUAGGCACAUAUACUUUGAAGGUACGAUGUGCCAGCUUAGCUUUUGA